AGCUCCGAGCAGGGGCCUGACUGGGACCUCACCUCACCUCUCUCCCCUUCACCGACAACAAAGACAACUUCCAGCCCUGCCGCGCAGCGAAGCGAAAGCGAGCAGGAACAAACGAUACCACCGGAGCAGCGGCUGCAGUCCAUCGAAACUCGUUCCCAUACUUGCGAGAGGAAGACACACACACAUACCCAUACCGGGAUGUAAUCGCAGACGGAGCUCAAAACACCAUCGCGCCGCACCGCCACCACGAACCCCCUUACCGGGGUGCCGACCUGAGGAGGGUGCGCGAGAGGGACAAGAGAAGCCUACGUCUCGUGCCGUGCCCUUGGGGCGCUGCCGCUCCGGGCUUUGCUUCCACAGCGCCGCCCACCGCUCACGACGCGGAUACCCUCCGCGAUGCCGAGCUUCUUCCAGUUCACGCAAGGCUCCGAGUCGCGCUUCCGUCCCGCCGACGCCUCCUCCCCGCUUCUGGGCCGCUUCCGCGCCGUGCCGCCGCGCCCGGGCCUGGAGCGCCACCGCCGGCACAGCCAGCUCGGCCUGCUGGCGGACCGGGUGGGCGACGGCCGCGGCAGCGUGCACGUCGGCUACGGGGCGCUUCUGGCCGCCGAGCUCGAAGCCGAGGCGGACGACGACGACGACGACGACGACGGUAGCCAUCACCGCGGCGACGGCGACGGGGGAUUCGACGACGGCCGCUCCAUAGCGCAGCGCCUGUGGCAGGCCUACGUCGUCGACCUGUGGAUAGACCCGCGGCAGACGGCGGUCAAGAGGGUGGUCGAGCGGUGGUGGAGUCGGUAUGGACUGCUGGUGUUUCUGCCGGCGCUGCUGGCUGUCGCGUGGUGCUCCGUGCCGUUCCCGCAGUACCCCCUGCCCGACUACGACGACCCGGACAGCGCCGAGGACGGCCACAAGGCCCCCGGCCACGGCGAGGCCGAGGUCCAGGUCAACUUCUGGUUCUUCCUCUUCGUCUACUACGGCUUCUACAACGUGACGGCCUUGAUAUGGAUCACCAAGGUGUUUAACCUCUACAGCCUCAACUGGUGGCCGCAGUCGCUCGGUUUCCCGCUCACCGUGUCGCUCAUCGCGGUGCUCUCCAUUGCCGCGCCCAUCCCCGUCUUCUUCAUCCCCGAGACGCGCUUCCUCACCGUCCACAACACGGCCUGGAUCUCGUGGACCUUCAUCAUCAUGGCCAUGCCCGUCGCCAUCGCCUUCAUCAUCCUCACCACCAACGGGCGCCACAUCAGCCUCCGCCACUCCCUCUCCGAGACGCAGCGCAUCUUCACCUCGUCCUGGUGGACCGGCGAGCCCGACACCCUGCCGCGCGGCGCCGCACCUCCCCGCGCCGGCAGCGGCUACCCCCAGCCCGCCGACGCAGGCGACGCCUUUCUCGAGCCCGACGCCGCCGCCCUCUUGCACGUCGCCGCGCCGACGCCCCGACGCCGCCGCCGCCGCACGCAGGGGGUCGCGAUCCGUCGCCGCUGGCUGCCCGCGAGCUUCGUGCGCUUCCUCUGGUUCUGCGUCGCCCUCUUCGUCGGCCUCAUGGCCUACGUCAUCGGCGAGGCCUACGCCGAGAUCUACCUCCGCACCCUGCCGCACAACAACCUCGAGACCGUCGUCUACGUCUACGGCUGGGUUGUCACCGUGCAUCUGCUCGACGCCCUGACCGGGUGGGUGCUCGGCAUCCGCGAGGGCGAGCGCGUCGGAAGCUACCCCCUGAGUUGGGUGUUUAAGCUGUACUUCAUGCUCACCUACCAGACCUACGUGCGCGCCCUGUACGCGCGCCUCCGCACCCCGUCGCAGUUCAUCACCCUGCAGGUGCUCUCCUCGACGGGCCUCGUCGUCGUCACGCCCAUCAUGAUGACGCGCUUCUUCCACCGCGCCCUCACCGUGCUGGGCCUCAACACGCAGAGCUACGGCUCCUACCAGAAGCUCCAGACGCGCAAUGUCUUCAUCCGCUUCCUCGCCGAGAACGCCUCCAUGGCCACCUUCCUCGGCAGCAUCCUCGUCCUCCACUUUGGCGCCAACAAGCGCGUCUACCCGUACUUCUCGUUUGACCAGGACGGCAGCGGCGGCGGCGGCGACACGGCGGCGGCGCCCUACACCUUCUCCCUCACCCUCAAGUUCUCCCUCGUCACGUGGGCCUGCGAGCUCGUCGCCAGCCUCGCCGUGAGGGGUCUCAUCCGCGUCUUUUUCGACGUCGACGUCGGGCUCGAGGGCAGGCUCGACUUGGCCGUGUGGCCGGAGCUGCUGCCCACGUGCGUCACCGUCAUGCUGCACGUCUUGCAGAACAUGCUCUUCUCCAUCAUCCGCUUGCAGUUUCACCAGUAGAGGAGGAGACUCGAAAAGUCCGACCGACGUCGCGGCGGGGGCAUGGAAAUUGUUUGCGCAUGCCUGCCUACCAGGGGCGUGUGUGUUUACUGCAGGGCGUUUGCGAUGCCUCCCACGGCCAAGGGGUCGUCAGCUUCGGUCACUUUCUUCGCCAUUUUCUUGUUCUGCUUUUGACGAGACUCCGAUACCCCGAUAGUGUCAUUCCGUUAGUAUUUGCAGAAAGCGUGCAUCUGGCAGUUCACGCAUUAG